GUGGCCCGGAUGCGCAUGUUUUUCAGAGGUCCAGCGCUCCACGCGCAGCACGCACCACGGCAAUGCCCGGUGCGGCGACGUGAUGGCGCGUACGCAACAGCUUGGGCAGCGACAGGAGCGAUGGCGCAUGUAAAAUUGCGUGUCGUUAUCGAUGCCAGCACCUGCAUGCAAGGUCAAGACAAGAGCAUGGCCGCUAUCUGCGCAAAACUUGCGCGCGUAGGGCAGUCGUGACCGUACACAGUGCAUCUCGAGAGAGCAUACCGCGCGAAAUGACGGCCAUGUCUCGCUAUGUUGAUGAGCGCGAUCCGGUGCGGUCUAAAAUGGUGUUGGGUGUUUCUAGCCUCAACGAUUUCCCUGGCUGCAUUUCAAAAGGGCAUUUUGUUGGGUGCACUUUUUGGCGACCAUGGCAACGACACCCGCGCUGGCUGCCCAUGCGCCAGAGGAGACGCUUACUCGCCACGCCUUGGGCGUCUCGCGCCGAGAGUCGGUGGACUUUGCGCGCUCGAUCGAAACCAAUCUCGCGGACCACGUGAGCCGCCGCCUGAGCAAACUCAGCGUGUCGACCGAGGCGAGUACGACACAUCGCCCGUCCGACUUUGAGCUGCUGUGCGUCAUUGGCCAAGGCGCGUUUGGCAAGGUCAUUCAAGUGCGGUAUACACCGACGGGCGAGAUCUACGCCAUGAAGAUUGUGAGCAAAGAGUAUUUGGUCAAGAAGAACUCGAUCUCCAACAUGCAGACCGAGCGCGACAUUAUGACCAAAGUCAACCACCCGUUUCUGAUUUCGCUCCAAUUUGCAUUUCAAACCGCGGACAAUGUGUUCCUUGUCAUGCAAUAUGUGCCCGGCGGCGAGCUCUUUCACACAUUGAGCAAGCAAGGUCUCCUUCUCGAACGGACAGCCUGCUUUUACGCAGCUGAGAUGGUCCUCGCUCUCGAGUACCUCCAUGGCAUGGGCAUCAUCCAUCGAGAUCUAAAGCCCGAAAACAUCCUCGUCGAUGCCGACGGCCACGUGUGCCUCACCGACUUUGGCUUGUCCAAGGAACUCCCCGAGGCCAACGAAGCCAACACCGUGUGUGGCACCAACGAGUACAUGGCGCCCGAAAUGAUCCGAGGCAACGCGUACAACCACGCGGUCGACUGGUGGGCCCUCGGUGCGCUCAUCUACGAAAUGGUGACGGGGUACCCGCCUUUUCGCCACAACAACCGCAAGAAGCUGCUCGAGAAAAUUCUGCAGGAAAAGCUCAAGCUACCCAAGUGGCUGAGCCCCGAGACGCACUCGAUUCUCAAGCAGCUACUCGAGCGCAACGUCGAGAAGCGUCUCGGCUCGGGCAAGUCGACCAUGUUCCAAGUGCGCGGCGUCGCAGCCAUCAAGAAACACCCGUUCUUCAAGGACAUUGACUGGGGACUCCUCGAGCGCAAGCGCAUGACGCCGCCCGUGGUGCCGUCCGUGACCAGCUCCCUUGACACGAGCUGCUUUGCCGACAGCUUUACCAAAAUGAAGGCAACCAUCGAAUCGGGCGGCGCGCUCGCGCCCGAGUCGCCUCUCUUUCGUCGGUUCUCCUUUACGGCCGCCGACCGGCUUCCGCCCAACGACGACGAUGGCGACGACCAUGGCCUUGCGGCGUGACCCGCCACUUCAUUUCCCGCGACUAACGCAGCUUGCCUUUGCACGUUCAGUGUUUGUGGGUUGCAGACGUCGCCAAAGCACCACGAAGCGAUGUGUAUCAAUAAUGCCUCUACGACAAA